AUGUCGGUAGGAGUUCAAGGUACUAUUAGGCUGUUCAGUGGAGUUAUGCUACUGGGGGAACAUUUGUUGGGAAAUGUGUGCCUCUGUAAGGAGGAUGUCCAAAGUCUGCUGAAGAGAGUCAGUCGGGGACCCUUGGGCCGGAAGGUUAUCAUUGUGGAUGGAUGCCUGGUGAGGCCUUUCCUUUUACCCACGGUCUCUGCUCGGGUUCUAUUACUAGGGUUUUAGUGGCAUAGUGAAAUCAAACAUUCUAGAAAGCUGAUGGAAAAUGACUCCCUGUAUUUGAGUUUUAAUUUUUUAUUUUGGUGUCUAUUGGGACGUCAUACAUUGGUGUGCUCCAAACAUUCUCUCUUAUCCCUUUUAGAAGCUGUCUGAUCCUUCCUACAGCCUCUCUCUCUCUUUCUAAGGAGGUCCAUCUGUUAGGCUUUGUGGUUAGUGUUGAGUACAUUAGGCGAACACUAAGCACAUCGACUUAGUCAGCCUGUCCUCCAUGGACAAUUUGUCUUGUUCGAUUGCCUGGAAAGCCUCGUGGUUUCGAGACCCUUGUUAUACAACAGACUUUAUCGGUCCAAUGCAGCCGUUUUAUCUCCACAUCAAAUCAUUUCUGGGUAACAAUUACAUACCUUACUGUGAUUGGUUUUAAAUUAAAAUGGUCAAAAAGAAACAUCUUCUUAGCAAAGGGACAAGGAAGAAUUGUACUAGGACUGUCUGGGAGUGGUCUGGUGGGGGAGGGGACAACAGAAAACUAGCUGUUAUUGGCAGAGAGGUUUGGAACUCUUUCUUAUUGGUCUAUUAACUAAUUUACAGCCUGGUGAUGUCACUAUGGAAGGCCAAAACUCCAUCCCACCAAAACAGGCUGAAAUUUCAGGUGGUCUUUUCAAACAGCUCUUACACUAAAAGGGCAUUAUCAUACUUUUCACAAUUUCACAGUAUUAUUCCAACCUCAAUGUGGAAAUAUAUACUGAGUGUAUAAAACAUUAGGAACAGUUGCUCUUUCCAUGACUGACUGACCAGGUGAAAGCUAUGACCCCUUAUUGAUGUCACUUGUUAAAUCCAUUUCAAUCAGUGUAGAUGAAGGGGAGGAGACGGGUUAAAGAUGGAUUUUUAAGCCUUAAGACAAUUGAGGCAUGGAUUGUGAAUGGGCAAGGCAAAAUAUUUAAGUGCCUUUGAACGGGGUAUGAUAGUAGAUGCCAGGCGCACCGGUUUGAAUGUGUCAAGAACUGCAACGCUGCUGGAUUUUUCACGCGCAACAGUUUCCCGAGUGUAUCAAGAAUGGUCCACCACCCAAAGGACAUCCAGCCAACUUGACACAACUGUGGGAAGAAUUGGAGUCAAACAUGGGCCAGCAUCCCUGUGGAACGCUCUCGACACCUUGUACAGUCCAUGCCCCGACGAACUGAGGCUGUUCUAAGGGCAAAAGGGGGUGCAACUCAAUAUUAGGAAGGUGUUCCUAAUGUUUUGUACGCUCUGUGUAAAUAAAACACAGGAAAAACAGGGAACUUUAAGGGAACUGGUUGGUUUCGCUCUGUCCAAGCGUCUCGUUGGGUGGUUGGUUGGUGGUUUGUGAGGGGAACAGAGAGGAGCUGGAACAGCGUGACAGCAGCACGGCAACACAACUUAUUCGGGCUGCCACAGCUGCCCCUCCCCUGUUCCUUUUCACAUCACAUCAAUCUCCUUAGCAACAGAUGAAGAUGGGUGGUCCCCAGUGGUCUCCUAGCACAGGAAGGCCACUGACCAGCCUCAAAGACAACAUGAAAAACACAGUCAAUCACAAUUAUGCUUCUUUGGUAGUUGGUUGUUUUUCAAUGUAGUUUUUAUGCUACCGCCGUUCGUUUCAUUCCCCCUCACCCCAGGUAAGAGAAAGAGUUGACUCUGUCUCAUCUCACCCCCGACCCCUCACCCCCGACCCCUCACCCUACCUGUAUAGAGCAAGAGAUGUGAUGACUAAUUAUGUCCCGCUCUCCAUCCCUAAAAUGAAGUGUGUGAGGUUGGAUGACUCUGUUCCCCCCGCCCCCCUCCCCCAUCCUUCACCCCUCUGCCUUCUCUCUCUCUCUCGCUCUCUCUCUCCCCCUCUCUCUCUCUCUCUCUCCCCCCUCUCUCUCUCUCUGUCUAUCUCUCUCUCUCUCUCUCUCUCCUCGCUCUCUCUCCUCUCUCUCUCAUCUUCUCUCUCUCUCUCCCUCUCUCUCUCUCUCUCUCUCUCUCUCUCUCUCCUCUCUCUCCUCUCUCUCUCCCCUCCCCCCAGGUGAUGUAAUGGUUCGUCCUGUCUCUCUCUCUCUCUCUCCCCUCCCCCAGGUGAUGUAAUGGUUAUGUCCUGAUCUCUCUCUCUCUCUCUCUCUCCCCCUCCCCCCAGGUGAUGUAAUGGUUCUGUCCUGAUCUCUCUCUCUCUCUCUCCCCUCCCCCCAGGUGAUGUAAUGGUUCUGUCCUGAUCUCUCUCUCUCUCUCUCCCCCUCCCCCCAGGUGAUGUAAUGGUUCUGUCCUGAUCUCUCUCUCUCUCUCUCCCCCUCCCCCCCAGGUGAUGUAAUGGUUCUGUCCUGAUCUCUCUCUCUCUCUCUCCCCCUCCCCCCAGGUGAUGUAAUGGUUCUGUCCUGAUCUCUCUCUCUCUCUCUCCCCAGGUGUCCUGGCCAUAUUGAUCCCCCAGCUGGACCUGGUCAUCUCUUUAGUGGGGUCCAUCAGCAGCAGUUUCCUGGCUCUCAUCUUCCCUCCACUCCUCCAGAACCUCACCUACCACAACCAAGGUCUGUCUCCCUGGGUCAUCGUCAAGAACUCCCUGAUCUCUGUCAUUGGCUUCAUGGGCUUCAUCACCGGCGCCUAUAUAUCCAUCACAGAGAUCAUCAAACGCAACGGCAGACAUGACAAUCCGGAUGUGAACUUCUUCCAGGUCCAGUGA